CCGGUAUGGUGAUGGUAAUUAACACUUUGGAUGGCAUCAAAACAGUUUCGAGAUCCUCGUAUUCGUAUUCCGAGUUAAUAAUAGGUGUAUUUCCCAUAAUAUUAUGUGAGUAAGUACCUGUUCAACAGUUCGUGGAGUUUCCGUAGUAUGUGAGUCAAGUAUUCUGUAUUUGUGUUUGUGUGUAUAUAAACCAAAAACUAUUGCGUCAAACAGUACAGUAAGUUUACAUACAUUCAAGGUAACAGUAAUGUCAAUAAAAAUUCACUUAGAUGAUCCAGGUAUUCUUUCUCCGGGAGCUACAAUAUCAGGAACUGUAAUAUGCCAUUUUGAACACCCGGAGGUUGUAAGAGGGAUUACGUGUGUAUUUAAAGGUAGAGAAUAUACCCACUGGGAUGUACAACGAUCAAGAAAUAGUGUUAAGUUCCAUGGAAAAAAUGACUUUGUGAAUCAAGUACGACAGUUUGCCCAUGCUGGGACACUACCAGCAAGGACAUACAAAUACCAAUUCGUGUUUAAUUUACCAGAUCGUCAGCUUCCUUCAUCAUUUCUCCACGAAUAUGCAGCGAUACAAUAUUUUAUCAAAGCCAAAGUCGAUAGACCAUUAGGAUUUGAUUACAAAGAUUCUGUCAGUUUACACGUGGCAUCUCCCGUUGACUUGAAUGACUUUGUCGACCAAAUAUCUAUGAGGCCUCUCAGAAAUCAACUAGAAGAAUUCCCAUCGUGCUGUUUCUUCACCAGUGAGCCUCUUCUUUUAGAUUUCACUAUAAAUAAGGAUGCCUUUAUUGUAGGAGAAACUAUUUUAGUAAAAAUAAAUGUAAACAAUACAUCUAGUUUGCAUGUCUCAGAAGUCAAAUUGUCCCUUAUACAGCGUUUAAAUCUUAUGGUGGAGGAUCCAGACAAAAGAGAACGGGAAGAAAAUGAAACAAUAAAUCAGGUUCGCGCAUUGGGAGUCGAAGCACAUAGUGAAAAGGAGUAUUUUCUUCAACUAAAAAUACCGCAAGACUUACUGGUUCCUUUAUUUUUAAAUUGUCGUUUAAUAAAGCAGUCGUGGGUUGUAAGGGCCAAGUUUACGUUUCAAUCCUGUCACAGUGAUAUAAUCUGCGAAUCUAUCAUAAAAUUGGGACAUAUCGCUAUUGGGACAAGAGGUAUCGUCACUGAUUUACCAUUAUCCGAAGCAAAUAUUUCUUCCACUUCUUUCGAACACAUUCCUUCGGCCGCUUUAGUAGAACAAGAGCUACUUGGAGAAGUAUUAUCUGCACCUCCAUCAUACAACGAAGUUAAUGGAUAUCUACCAAAUUAUGAAACGAAAAAAUAAGAGCUGCUAAAAUUUAUUUAUUAGGUCAUUAUUGUUAUUAUAGGCAUUAUUUUAUAUUAUUUUUGUUUAUCUUAUAUUAUAUCGACGGUUGGAAGGUAAAAGGUUGUAACCCACAAAUCAACUUUUUUCAGGAAGUAGAAAAAAAUUUAAGUAAUUUAAGUAAUUUUAUGAGGAAUUAACCCAAUAAUUUUUUCAUUAAUUUGUAGAUCAAUAAUGCAUCUAUAAAUUAAUGAAAGAAAUUAUUAGGUUAAUUCCUAAUAAGAUUACUUAAGGGGAACGGAACAAAAUGUAAAAUUUUGACGCAUGUCAAAAUUUUCAAUAUGUUUUAAAUGUAUUCAUUUUUUUCGAAUCCUGAGAAAACUAAUAAAUAUUUUUGACAAAUUUAAACGCAGAAUGAAAGACUACAUUAUUACCGAGGAUCUAAAGUCCCUGAAAACUUCUAUAAUGUUUAUUUUAAUAAGUUACAGGGGUGAAAAUAAAAGAGAAAAUUUAGUGUGAUUUUUAAUUGCAAAUGUUUUAUUCAAAAGAAACUUUUUAUUUAUUCUAAGGGACUUUCGGCCCUCGGUAAUAAAGUGGUUUUUAUUCUGCAUUUAAAUUUUUCCAAAAUACUUAUUAGUUUUCUCAGGAUUCGAAAAAAAAAUAAAUACAUUUAAAACACAUUGAAAAUUUUAACACGCGUCAAAAUUUUGCAUUUUGCAUUUUACCCGGUCCCCUUAAAUGGAGCGUGUUUUCUACUUCCUGAAAAAAGUUGAUUUGUGAGUUAAAACCUUUCAGCUUUUCAACCGUCGAGUCAUCUCAUUAUUUUUCGUAAGAUUUUGUAAAUGUGUAAUUAUGCAGUUUUAAUAUGACUAUUUUGAAGGGGACUAAUAAAAAUAUUUAUUUUUA